AGGCCCGUUUGUGAUUCUGGUGUUUCUCAAACUGAACCAUGGCCACGAUUUCAAGUGCUAUCCAACUGACACUACUAGCUUCAAGACCCACUCUUUCUUCUUCUUCUCCGUCUCUCCCAAAGCUUAAUUCUCGGUUUCUGGGUGGCGUACGAGCGAAGCGAUUAGGAUGGUGCAGGCCCUCCGGGCUCGGGCCGGGCUGUGGUUCAAGAACAACCUGCUGGUUCAAAUUCGGCAAAAAUGGCGUCGAUGCUGAAGGCGCUGGCAUUUAUGGUAGCCAAGCCCGAGACGACUUUGACCGAGAUGAUGUUGAACAGUACUUCAACUAUAUGGGCAUGCUUGCUGUUGAGGGUUCAUAUGAUAAGAUGGAGGCUCUUUUGAGCCAAAAUAUCCACCCAGUCGACAUUUUACUUCUCAUGGCCGCCUCAGAAGGCGACAAGCCUAAAAUCGAAGAGUUACUAAGAGCCGGUGCUGAUUACACUGUGAAGGAUGCAGAUGGGCGUACUGCCCUUGAUAGGGCUAAUGAGGAAACCAAAGACUUCAUACUUAACUUCUCAGUCCAGAAGGCAUAACUAACAGAGUUCUGUUGUUAACUUUUGUGUUUGUAUUUGCCUCUUAUCAAUUUCUUUGACAUUAGAUUUCUUCCCUUGUGUUUUUUUGGCAAACUUUUGGUUUUUAUUUGAGUUUCAAUCUGUGUUUGGCAUCAUUCUCAAGAUCAGAGUAGUAUGUAGCUAUGAUAAUUUCAUGUUAGUGUCACUCUUGAACAUCUAGUUUGUAAUGUGUGCCCAAUUUUGUGUCUUCAGUUUCAAUGGAUGCCAACAUUGUUAUUCAAA